GGUUCAACAACAUCUGUGUGAACAGAAUUUUUAAAGGACAAACACAUCCACCAGUUCUGUUCUGCAACACUAUUACUGCAAUGUCCUGCUUUUAAGAUGGGCUCUUCAGAGAAUAGGAAGUAGACUGAUAAGACAAGCAGACAGCUUCUUGGUUCAGACAAAGCAUACUAAAUAGGCACCCCGUUAUCUAAAUCAUAGGCCAACAUGGCUGAGGAGGAAAAUGACGAGUUCAAUUUUAACAUGUGGUACCAUUUCAUCCUAUGGUUAAUCGUCAUCUUUAUAUGGUGGAAAUGGAGAGAUGGGGAGAAUUUAGAUGACGUAGAUCCCGAAGGGAAAUACAUAUUCAUCACCGGUUGUGACUCCGGAUUUGGGAAACUGGCAGCUUUGACCUUUGAUAGGCGCGGAUUUCAAGUGAUUGCUGGUUGCCUAACUGAAAGGGGGGCAAAGGAGCUGAAAGAGGAGUCGACGGCUAACCUCCAAACAGUGCAGCUGGAUGUGACAAACUCAGACAACAUCAAGCAAGUAGCAGAACAAGUUAAGAAAGAAGUAGGACAACGGGGUAAGCAAUUAAGUCCUGUUGCUGGAUGUUUCUCUCUGCUUACUAAAUAGAGAGUUUAGAAGUGAGCCUCAGCUCUUUUGUGGGAUGGAUAUCAAUGGGGUUAUCUUUGCUUCAUCUGCCGAUUCCCAAUUAUGUCAAAGUCCAUGCUGGUUGGGAAUGAUAGGAGGUGGAGGGAGUAAGGAAGGAGUAAG